AUGUAUGAUUCAUUAUCAGUAUAUCGAUUUGAAAAUACUAAUUCAAAACACACAAUUAAUGAUUUUAAAAAAUUCCAAAAACUGUUAAAAGAUAAAGUGAAAAAUAUUCCAACAUAUUCCGGGAAGUUACAAAUUCCAAUCUCUUUAAAAGUUACACCUAAUAAUUACGUAAAUGAUGAUUUAAUAUUGCAUAACGUAACAUCAAAAUUUAGAAAAAGAAAUAAGUAUGAAAUAUAUCCAACUGACUAUAGUUGGAAACGGAGAACAUUAUGUGCAACUUUCAAUAAUGAAAAAUAUUCUACUGAACGAUUAUUUGAAACUAAAGAAGAAAGAGGAAAAAGGAAGACAUUACUAGAUUAUGACGAACCAGUUUUCAUGAAUGAUAUCGAUGAUACGAAUUCUUUGAAACCUCAUGUACGGGUAAAAAGAAACAAAUUAGGAUCAGACUCUAUUUCGUCAUUUAUGUAUCAACAAAAUUAUUUGAAAGAUUUGGCUAAUUCCUUCCCUCGAAGUACUUAUGAUUCAAAUGACGAACAUUCUUAUGAUACGGAUGUAUCGUUCGACGCGAAACGAGAAAUUAAAUCGCAGGAAUAUUUUAUAGAUGACAAACAGUUUGAUACUUUUUCAGAUGAGAAUGAUCAAUCGAAAGUCCUUAGCGUUUAUCCAUUUACGAUUGCUACAUACAGUAGUGAAGAUAAAUCCGAUGAUACUAAUUUCAUCAAACUGCCAUCUGACGACAGUAAAGUAAACGCAUUAGAAAAUGAAAACAUAAGAUUUGUCGAUCAAACAGAACAUUAUGAAAUUGAAUCGUUACCGGAACCGUCGAAUGAUAAUACUAUUGUAAAUCGGCAAUCAUACGAACAUUCAGAAGUUGAAAGUUCACCAGAUCCUAUGCUUGCAGUAGAAUUAGUUAGAAAAAAACGAAACGACUACACAAAGGUACAUAACGAAAAUCCAUCAAAUCUAGUUACUGCUAAUACAAAAGCAGAUCUGUUACGAAUCAGAAGAAAAACAAAGAACAAGCAUCAUAAGAAGAAAAUGAGGUUAAGACAGAAAAAGAAACACGUCGGAAAGAAACACGAUGUUUCAAACAAUUCUCUGCGGUCAAUAAAAGAUGUUCGUUCAAAGAAUAUGGAUCACCUAAGAGUGCCUCACGAGAGAAAAGUGAAUGAAGCAAAAACUGAGGGUAAAUUAAAAGUAGGAGUUGUCAAUGUAGUGGCUAAGAAAAAUAAUGACAACAAUUUUCGUCGUAGAUCCGUAAAGUCAAAAAAAUCGAUCGAUACAACAGAUUUUGGAAAUAAUCCUGAGCCAAAAAAUUUUGCAUCCGUGUUGCACUCAAGGUUGAAGACAACUAGUAAGGAAAAAAACGUUGACGGUAUCUCAAAAUUUCCGUUGGUCGCUCGUCAAUCGACAGGUGGCGUUGUCGACACUAAGUCGAAGGCAAAUGAAGAUAUAAAUUCGCUCGUAUCAAAAAAUGAAGAGCAAGAGAUUGUUGAGGAAAUUGAAAAACCGAUUACAUUAUCACAAGAUACAAAAUCGCGUACAAAAAGAAAUAAAAAUACCGAAUCGAAUCAUGGCUUUUUAAAUAAGGAAGAAGAACUGAAAUACUAUAAGAACAUUCGUGAGCCUGGAUCUGAUGAGGAUCAAUGUGAUGACCAAGAUGAAACUGAAAUAGUUAAUGAAAUGGAAGUUAAUCGGGCAGUAAGAUCGAUUGAAGAAGUCAAAGAACUUGCAAAGAAAUUAGUAACAAAAGUAAAUGAACUUCAAAAUUAUUUAAAUAUCGAAGAAGCUACAGGAAGCGAGAAACAAGAGAAACGAAUUAAAACACGUGCAAUCGAUGAUUUAUGCUCGAAUGUUAGUACUGCUUGUGAUGUUUUUAGGGAAACACCUAAAAUUGUUCAAAAAUGUGACCCAACAAACAGUAAUUUCGGAUUUGUUACAAAAAUUGUCGAGAGGAAAGCGCAUCCAGUUGAAAUGAUUAAUCAGAACAAACUUAAGAUACCAACUAAAAAUUUGGUAGAGAAAAAGAGGUCAGUGGUUAGACGUGUAUCUAAAAUGCCAUCGAGUACUUCUAGAACAGUUCGUAAGGAAACUGAGCCAACAUCGGAUCACAAAUGGGGCAAAUGGACAGACUGGAGUAGUUGUAGUGUUACUUGUGGUAAAGGUCGUCAAAUAAGAUGGCGGUAUUGUUUACGUGAUUGCAGUACGGCAGAAACAGAAAUGGAAGAGAAAGCUUGUCAAUUGCCAGCUUGUCCACCAGGAAAAUUUCUUGGCAUAUUUUAA